AUGGCAGAAGCCGAGGAAUUUAGCCCAAAACCGCGAUUACAAGAAGAUAUUAUCGACGAUUUUUCUUUUGUCUGUCUAAAUCCAGAUGCCUUCGAUAACGGCCAGAUCCGCCCCGUAUUUCCCAUCUUUGAUCAACGGAUCUUAGCCGACGGCGGUUUCCAGGUAAAAGAGGAAACGACGCCGGUUCGACCCCAGUUAAAGUUAAAGAAGCAAUUGAUUAGUUCGACUGAGGAUCGGACUAAAGCUUCAACGACGGCGGCGCCGGAGCUGCGGAAGAAGAGCUAUUCAACGGGGUUCUCGAAACUGUGGCGGUUCGGAGACAAGAUUCCCCGGAGCAACAGCGACGGGAAGGAAACGUUUCUGUUUCUGAGAAGUGGUUCGUCGACGGAAAAGGGAGAGAAGAGGGGGAAAGGGGAAACGGCGUCGUAUUAUCACGAACGGCAUUACGCGAGAAACAGAACGGAAAGUGAAAUGAAUAAACGGAAAUCGUAUCUGCCGUACAGAAGCAGUAUAAUGGGCCUUUUGAGCAGAAAUUUUUAG